AUGCUACCAGUGUCUGUCUCUCUUUGUCAGAUUUUUCCUACUAAUGUCUUCUUUUUAAUGCUGAUUUUCGCUACUACAGUGUCUGUCUUUUUACCAGUUUCAUUCAAUCUGUCUCUUUUUUAUGCAAUUUUCAUACUACCAGUGUCUGUCUCUUUUUUACUACCAGUUUCACAAGUGUCUGUCUCUUUUUGUCUGAUUUUCCUUACUACCAGUGUCUGUCUCUUUUUGUGCAAUUUUCUUUACCAGUUUUUCAUACUACCAGUGUCUGUCUCUUUUUUAAUACUGAUUUUCCUUUGCACCAGUGUCUGUCUCUUUUUAUGCAAUUUUCAUUCAUCUACAGUGUCACAAUCUCUUUUUUGUCUGUCUCUUUUUGUACUGAUUUUCAUACUACCAGUGUCUGUCUCUUUUUAUGCAAUUUUUCACAUACUACCAGUUUUCUCUUUUUACCAGUUUCAUACUACCAGUGUCUGUCUUUUUUAUGCUGAUUUUCAUACUACCAGUGUCUGUCUCUUUUUAAUCUUUUCCUUUACCAGUGUCUGUCUCUUUUUAUUUUUCAUACUACCAGUUGGCCCGUCUCUUUUUAAUACUGAUUUCCUUCCUUGCCACCAGUGUCUGUCUCUCUUUUAUGCCCAAUUUUUUCAUGUCUGUCCUUUUUCACAAUCUUCUUUUACUACUCUUUUUUCCUUUUCAUACUGCAGUGUCCUUGUCCUGUCUCUUUUGUGCAAUUUUUCUUACUACCAGUGUCUGUCUCUUUUUAUGCCCCAAUUUUCCUUGUACUACCAGUGUCUGUCUCUUUUUAAUACCAUUUUCAUACUACCAGUGUCCAUCUCUUUUUAUUUACUUUUCCAUACUACCAGUGUCUCUCUCUUUUUGUAUACUGAUUUUCCUUACUACCAUGUCUGUCUCUUUUAUGCAAUUUUCAUACUACCAGUGUCACAAUCUCUUUUAUGCAAUUUCCUUACUACCAGUGUCGUCUUUUUUGUACUGAUUUUUCUUACUACCAGUGUCUGUCUCUUUUUUAUUGCUGAUUUUUCCCCUUACUACCAGUGUCUGUCUCUUUUACUGCGUUUUCAUACUACCAGUGUCUCUUUUUUUAAUACUGAUUUUCAUUCUACCAGUUGUCUGUCUCUUUUAUGCAGUUUUCAUACUACUAGUGUCUGUCUCUUUUUCAUGCUGAUUUUCAUACCCAGUGUCUGUCUCUUUUAUGCAAUUUUCAUGCACCAGUGUCUGUCUCUUUUUGUCUGA